AAGUUUUUUAUGAAUGGAUCGCUCGGUCGCUCGGCAGCGGGUUGCUUUAUUUUGGGCGGCGGGUGCGCGGUGAGAAAUCCGGGCGUGCCUGGCCUGGUAAUAGCUCUUCGAUGGGCGUUAUAGCCUGCCCAGCCAAAUGAAAACAGUGAUAAACUCACUUUGGGGAUAACGCGACAAGGUGUCUUCUAAGCCAAUUAAUAAACAUAUAUGUACCUCAUUCGGAGAAAGAAGUUGAGAUUAAGUUGUUUUUUACUUACUCCUUCCAUAUUCCUCCGGGAGAAUUUAAGGAAAGAGUUCUAAAAGUGUAAAACAAGAAUAUAAGACUUCAAAAAUUAUUAAUCUAAUUAAAUAUUUUGAAUAUUUAUUGGCUAAGUAAAGCUUAAGCUAUCAAGCAAACACAUCUCUUUAAGGGAUACCUUUAAAAAUCGUACCGUAAACAAGCAAAAUUAUUGAUAUCAAUAUUUUCAUUAGUCCGAACGUCUAGUAAUUCUUUGUGAGGUCUCGUUAAGGUGUUUGUAUUAUAAACACAGCCAUACUAAAAAUUUUGGACUUCAAUCCACACAACACCUGCUCGCAACUUUUAGCUAAAACAAUAAUUUACCACGUUAUAGUCGAACGAUCAAUUCUUUUUAUAGUACUCCUCCUUUAACAAUCUCCUGUUGCAUCUAACUUUAAGUUAAAAGAGUAUUUCGUGUCAUCGUUUGAAAGUUGACACCUUCAGUUUUCAAUCCCUGCCAUAAGGUGGUCAUAUUCAGUUUUGAAGCACCUCAAUAGCAUGCGCGGAUCCAAAUUUGAGGAUAAAUACCCCUCACUCGGGUGAAAAGUGAUGGAAAAUGUAUGCCACGGCCAAAUUGUGUUCUGAAAUCCCCUGAACAUCAAAAUCUUGGAUCCGGCACUGCUCAGUAGUAGCCCACAUUGACUCCAAAGGAUUAUAAAAGCCAACUUGGCUUACUUGAGAACGCGUCCCUUGUGGGAGCCAUAAAGUGUCGCCGUCGUGGGUACUGACCCGGCCAAUACGUGAUCUGAUCACACAACAAACCGCAACACCGGCAGCACAGCAAUCCGGGCGAAAUACCUUCCCGCUCCUUCAACUUUGCCGUCGCCAUGGCCGCCAUUAAAGAUGACACACGCCAGCCGGCUGACGCCUGCUUACAUUACGAGUACUUCUAGGCAUUCCGAUACCAAUUCCACCGCGCUCGCCAUCGCUCAUACGCACCGUGUGCCGCCCAAGCGCUUAAUUGCCGAAUAUUUGUGUGCGGCACAACAAAGCGUUUCAGCCAUGUGCCAGCCCGAAAAGAAAGAACGUUUACAUUCUUCAGCGAAACUUGUGGCAGUCAAGGAUAUAUGAACCUUUGAGUUUAAAAUUACCAGAUGGCAGUGGGUGGUACGUGGAGAAAGUCAAAUGGACGAAGCGUUUUAAUUGCCUCCGGUAUAAGGGACUUCCUGCUCACUAGAAGUGCGUGUGUGUGAGCUCGAGCGAAGUGCGCGUGUCGCAGCAGGGCAAAGGACCUCAAACAGGCCAAAUCUCCUGCCAGACAAGCCUUUUCGGCUGUCGACAGUCUUCAAAGCGGCUUAAAGUUCCAGCAUCGAGUUCGAGUGAGCUCCUAGGCCAAACGGACGCACUUUCAUUCAUCGGGGCCCACUUUGGGCAACAACUCCGAUCUACCCGCAACACAAGCGCAUUUAUGGCGAAUUCGAACAAAGCUUCGUCAAAGUUCAUUAACAGGAAUAGUUGGGGAAGUAACAACAAAUGCAGCUUCACCAUCGGCAGGGCUCGCAAAAUGUAAUCGGGCCAGGACGCGGAACUGAAAGGGGCCCACUCCGCUCUGCAGUGGGCUACGGCAACGGUCACGGGCAACAGCAAUAGCUUCCACUGAACUGCAACAAUCGACAACAAGCGCAGUAACAACAGCAGCAACGUCAAAAAAAAACCUUACCAAAAUACGCAACAUAAAUGAAGUUAACAAUCUGUCAAAUUGCUAAAUUAUUUCUGCUGUUGACAGCCUUCUUCUUUCUCAAUUCCCCCCGCGCAGCCUUCUUAGCUUUCGGCUCGAGUCCCACCCCCUCCUCCCCCUCCUCCUCCUCCUUUCGGCCAGAAGCGGCGGGUGUCCUUGUCCUGUCAGCGGCCAAGACAGCGACAGAUUUUGCUACAACGCCAUCUACAAAAUCGGUUGCGGCCACGCGGACCUCCCCAGCGACAGCAGCAGCAGCAACACUCAGCAGCAACAGCAAUUCAAUUUGGCCGACAGCAACACAAACGCAGAGUCCACGUAAUGCGCGUGAGGCUGCUCGUCAGAAACGUCAGAGGCAGCAACAGCAGCAACAGCAACAGCAACAGCAACAGCAAACGCAACAGCAACAGCAACAGCAACAGCAACAGCAACAGCAACAGCAACAGCAACAGCAACAGCAACAGCAACAUCAACGAAUGGCCGUUUUAAUACCUUCUUCGCUGCACGUUGACAUGACGCAUGUGCAACAGGGCUUCCAGAAUUUCCUCGACUUCUUUCAACUGCAUUUAUCUGAUGUCAGCGUCGAUUUUCUACGUGAUGUGGAUUUAAGUGGCUUCAUUAAAUUACUCGAGCUGCCCAAAUACACGAGCGUUGUAAGGACCUUAAAUGCGGGCAUUAAUGUAGACACCGACGUGAACUUGGACCUCAACGUGGAUGUGAACAAGGUCCAAGGGGGCACAGGGGCCUGGAGUUCGUAUGCGAAUGUGGACGUUGACCCGCCCAUCCAGCCACGUCAGCAACAUUUGCAGCAGCAAAAGCGGGAGCAGGAGCCCCAUCGCCAUCAUCAGCAGGACUCCAAGGCGAAUCAGUUGUCAGCGGGCGAUGGGGCCUCCUCAUCAUCUGACGGAAUUGGAGAGAUUCGGUGGAAUGACGCCCGUAGCUUCUCGGGUCACUGCCAUCAGGUUGCUGAACAACUGGCCCUCGAUUUCAAUAAAACCGUCGUCCUGUGGCCCUGUCCGCGAAUGAAAAUCUCCAGCAAUUUUCUUCCAUCACUAGAAGCAAUUUCCCUGGCCGUGCAAAGCAUUUCCACCAAGUUGAACUGGUCACAAGUUGAUAUCUAUGUCGGCGACGACAAUUGGGGCCUAGGACUGGCCAUCGCCGCCAACUUGCAUGUACCGUAUCGCAUCGAAAUUCGCAGGACAAUACGUGACCUGCAUUCAAAGGAUAAGCCGGGCAAAGCAAUUAUUAUCACCGCUCCGCUGAACGAUGCGAGUGCCAUACGUAUGCUAACCAGCAUUGAGGUGGAGUGGACGAAGCAGGCCAAGAAGGAUGCAGUGGAUUCGGGGCCCUCAAAACAGAACACCAAAAUUCUACUUAUCGACAUGGCGGCCAGCUCAUUGGACACCCAGCAUCGGUUCUACAAACGAUUGGCACGGAUCAGUGGGUCAGGGAAUGGCAGCUUUGGUGGUAACUCGAGCUCUCCGGCCGGAAGGGUCAGCAGCAAUCUGUUGGUGCUGACUCUGCUAAGCGAUAGACAUCGACACUUUCUGAAUGCGGCCGGACUGAUGGCAACAAUGCGGAAUUUUCGCCCGCCCCUCGGAAAUGCUGAAAAUGGAAACAUCACCACACCACCGCCCAAUGGCCAUCGCAAUGCCAGCCUGGAGAAACUGUACCCGUAUCGCAACCUCUUUGCACUCUACGAUACGGUUGUAGAUACUGCCACCCAAUCGAAUACACUGAAAGCGAGUCCCAAAUACGAUUUCGUGGUGCUGGACAUCGUUUGGGAUGCCAAGUCGGCCGGAUACAAGUGCCGACCUCUGCUCAUCCUGGAGAGUGAAGGAGGGAGGCAUGAGGGUGGUUCUGGGGGCGGAGCGAGUGACACCUACAUCACCCACUCCGUACAGCCAGGAUACGACGAGUGGCUGCUGGUCAGCAGCGUCCUUUUGUGGCAGUGCGGCGCCAUCUGCUGGACCAUCGCGGCGAUCUGCGUGUUCCUACUUGUCGUUAUCCUGGCGGGUAUUGUGGCUGCAGGGAUUACCAUGAGGAACUACUUUUUACGUAAGCGUCUCUCCAAAGGACCCAACAAGAUAGUGCUUUCCGCCAGCGACUUUGUUUUUCCCGUUGAUUCUCGAAGGGUUGAUGAGGGCAUAGAGGCCAUGCUUUGUUGUUGGCUGCAGCAGCUGCAGGAGUUUGGUGGCCCGGAAGUAGAUAAGCCGGAUCUCCUCAAAGGCUCCAUCGGAUCCCUAAAAAAUUUAGGAUUCGUAAUUCCGGGUGCAGCUGCUCCGGGAAGUUCAGCUGGAGCCAUCGCAGCAACAGCAAAUGGGAAACGCGCAUCCUCCGCCACGGGCAGUUUGGCCAGGCACAAUCCUGCCCAUCUGGACAUGAGAGCUCGAUAUAAUGGUGAUCUCGUGCAGCUCAAGGAGGUACAUAUGAACGGUACCUCGGAGUUGCGCACCAAAGCGAUGGAUCUACUCGUGAUGUCCCAUGGUCUCAGGCAUGAAAAUAUCAAUCCAUUAAUUGGAUGGCUAUCCGAUCCCAAUCGCACAGCCAUGGUUUUCGAUUACUGCUCGAGGGGAUCGCUACAGGAUGUGCUAAUCAUGGAUGAGAUCAAACUGGACUGGUCAUUCCGUUUGAGCUUGCUUACCGACCUGGUGAGGGGCAUGCGAUACUUACACACCUCUCCCUUGAGGAUUCAUGGAGCCUUGACCUCUAGAAACUGCGUAGUGGAUGCCAGAUGGGUCUUGAAGAUCACCGACUACGGCUUGAACUCUUUUUACGAAUCGCAGGGACUGCCGCCAAGGCCCAGAAGUGCCAAGGAACUGUUGUGGACAGCUCCAGAACUUCUUCGGAGCAUGAAGCACUUCCAGCAGCAUCAUCACCAUCACCACCAGCACGGACGUAUUCAGUUGGGAACCCAACUCGGAGAUGUAUACUCCUUCGGAAUCAUCAUGCAAGAGGUGGUAGUGAGGGGAGAGCCCUACUGUAUGCUCUCCCUGGCUCCGGAGGAAAUAAUAGCCAAAAUCAAGAAACCUCCUCCUCUGAUUCGGCCCUCCGUCUCGAAGGGAGCAGCUCCGCCGGAGGCAAUAAAUAUUAUGCGCCAGUGCUGGGCCGAGCAGCCCGACAUGCGUCCCGAUUUCAACUCCGUUUACGAGCGCUUUAAGAUGCUGAACCAUGGUCGGAAGGUAAACUUUGUUGACACAAUGUUUCAAAUGCUCGAGAAAUACUCAAACAACCUGGAGGAGUUGAUUCGGGAACGCACCGAACAACUGGACAUUGAACGAAAGAAGACUGAGCAGCUGCUGAAUCGCAUGUUGCCAAGCUCCGUUGCUGAAAAAUUGAAGAUGGGCUUGGCCGUCGACCCGGAAGAAUUUUCGGACGUGACCAUAUACUUUAGCGACAUUGUUGGUUUUACAACAAUCGCCGCACAUUGCAGCCCUGUACAGGUUGUAGAUUUGCUCAACGAUCUGUACACGAUCUUCGAUGCCACGAUCAAUGCCUAUAAUGUUUAUAAGGUUGAGACAAUAGGCGAUGCAUAUAUGGUGGUGAGCGGGCUUCCCGUGAAAAUACCCGAUCACGCCGAGCAGAUAGCUACCAUGGCCUUGGACCUGCUGCACCAGAGUGGUCGCUUCAACGUGAAACAUCUGCCGGGAGUUCCACUCCAACUGAGGAUUGGUCUCCACACGGGACCCUGUUGUGCCGGAGUGGUUGGUCUCACGAUGCCUAGGUACUGUUUAUUCGGGGACACAGUCAACACGGCAUCCCGAAUGGAGUCAACCGGAUCCUCCUGGCGCAUCCAUAUGUCCCAGGAGACAAGGGAUCGUCUGGAGACACGCGGUGGCUAUGCCAUCGAACCAAGGGGCCUCAUCGACAUUAAGGGCAAGGGCAUGAUGAAUACCUUUUGGCUGCUGGGAAAAAAGGGAUUCGAUAAGCCGCUACCGGCACCACCGCCUAUUGGGGAGUCGCACGGCUUGGAUGAGUCCCUGAUCCGCAACUCAAUAACCUUGAAGGCUCAGGCCAACAAAUCUCGGACGAGCACGAAUCCUUCAUCUUCGCAGAGCUCCUCCCUGGCUGGGGAAUCCGUAGAGGUAAAGGUCGAGAUAACUCCACCCACCAACGCGGAUCUAGGUUCCGGGGCCAAUCUUCCCAACUCGUACUCCCUGGACUCCAACUCCACCAACACAAUCAGCCCAAAUGCGACCCUCUGUCCGGAGUUUCCAGGAAAAAUAACGCCCAGCAGCACGAGUCCACAGUCACGCAAGCUCUCCGAACUAACGCCGGAUAAUCUGCUCAACCCAAACAGUUUCAAUCGGUUGCCAAAUUCCACUGGAGGAUCCAGUUCCCGCCUGUACAAAAAGAUAGAGGAGAUGAUGGACCUCAGUUCGCCCUACAACCAUUACAAAUGCCUUAGUCCCAGCGAGAGUAAUUUAACACAGUUCUACGAUGGGAAAUACCUGUAUAACAGUGCGGCGGGCGGAACGGGAAGCGGGCAGGGGGCGGGCGGCACCUGCCCCUCGAUGGUCGGAACCGGAAGUGGUUGUGGGGGAGGAGCCGCACGAUUCGACAGCAAGCCCGGCUCCACUCGUCUGCUGCGUCGGCAGUUCAGCUUGGAUCGCGACGAUCAGCACGCGAAGGGAGAGCAGCAGCACCACCAGCACUCCCUGCAGGCCACCACUUACGCGGCCUUGGUGGGGGCUGGUGGUGGGGUGGUGGUGAAGAGCUCCAUGCUGGACAUACCCAUGUUGCACGACACCUCCCGAAGUCCCAAGGGAACGCUGACGCGGGCCCACAAGCAAAACUCCGCCUCGAUCACCCAGGAUCUGGAGAAGAUAGAGGAAAUCCCGCUGUCGCCGGCCUCCUCGCAGCACCACAGUAGCCUCGACAGCAACCUCAACCGCAGCCCGCCCUCGACCCUGGAGGCGCGGUCGUCGCCGCCGCUGCCGCCCUUAAGUCCGCCCCAGCUCUCCGCCCCCACAUCGCCGGCCCCUUCCAGGACGUUGAAUGGGGUUUAUGCCCUCAGCAACAAUAGUGCGAACUACAGUGACUACAGUGACCAGUCCCAAGGUGCGGCCAACAACAAUAAUGGCACCCAUCCAGGCCCAGAACUAACACUCAAUGUGGAUCAGCUGCUGAGCAGAUAGGGCACAAUCUAAGGCCCCCAAGAAGGGAGGCCCAUCUAAGCUUUAGGUCUCAUCCAAACCACGUUUGGAUGUGCGAGUGUGUGAGUGGACGGGAUAUCAUAUAAGGGAGAGGUCGCUUACACCAUGCUCCAUUGUCACAUUCAUAACAGAUGCGUUAUCAAAAUAUUUAGGCCUGCUCCUGUUUUCACUCGGCAGUGAAUUCGUUAACAUUGUGGGAUUUCCCUUACACAUAAUCAAAUUUGUUUGGGUGUUGGGUUAUUUUCUGAGGAAAAUUUUGGUGUAGCAUAAAAGAUCGAACUUAAAUUUGCCUUCGUUUUUCGUCAAAGACCCGAUUUUAUUUUGUAUUUACAAUGUAUGUAUACAAACAUAAAUGUAUACAUACACGGUGUAUACUUUUAAAACAUAACAUCCAAGAAACACACAAUAUACAGAAAUUGCAGUACAUUAGUAAAUUCUAACCAUAUGAGCAUUAAACAUUAAGUACUAUGAUAAAGCCAGCAUUUCAUAUAAAGCAAUAGCGAAAAAUUUUAAAAAAUUAAUUUUCAUGCUUUGCUUUGGGAUUGUAGCAACAGGGGGAAAUUCGAGUCCGUGCUGUUUUUUCGAAAUUCAGGCUCGGAACAGGUCUGGGAUAUUCAAAUCUUUCGGAAGUGAUAACUGGAACAGGGCUAUUGUGUUUUGUAAAUGAACGUUAUAGGGCCCGAAAAGAAUGGCUCUAAAAUUUCCUUAAUCCAUUUCCAAAACAAACCAAAAAUAUAUAGCUUUCUUUCCAAUAAUAAUUUUAUAAUUCCGUUUUCAAAACACACAAAAAAUAUUAAACUUUCUUUCCAACUGUUUUUGAUACUUAACUAUAAAUUGCUUUGAUGGGAUAUAUAACUUCAAUCCUCAUUUUACAUAAGAGCAACAUUUGAAAAAAAUUUGCGUCCCGCCAAAAAAAAAAAAGCCAGACGUGACUUAGUAAAAAAUUGUACACGGAUUACAUUUCCCAAACGAUUUUUCCACCCCAAAUGAGUCAAGUGAGAAAGUAAAUGGUAACGAUUUAAAAAUGUUGUGAUGUGAAAAGCAAAGUACCUCGAUGCGCACCAGUUUGGUUCCAACUGCAAAUGAAAGUACAAUUUAGUUGAAGAUUAGUUCAAGAUGAACAACUCACUCUUCUUUGUCCAUUGGCAAAAUCAGCUUAAUGCCGAAUAAAAUACGUAAUACGUUAAUUCUACACACAAAAAAUCGAUUUGUAAAAUUGACCAAUACUUUUAUUUACUUUUAUAUUGGUUUUGAUUUCUUUGUAUGUAGAAGGAACGUACAUUUUAAAAUGUUAUAAGGGCAAUGAAAUGAAAAAGCGUAGUUAUAUACAGCUCAAGUUUUCACAACUCGAAAGUCCCUUACUCGAAGGUUCUUACAAAUGUCCAAAUAACUUAUAAUUCGCAAUAAAAAUUAUUUAACUUAAAGUUUAUUAAUUAAUGAAGUUAUUUUACAAAAUAUUUUAUUUGCUAUUUUUAUUGUCCGUAAUUAUUUUUAUUGGUCGUUUUAUUAGUCUAAAACCUGCAAUCCAGUACAGUAUGACUAUUCUUGAGAAGGAUUGUCGAUCAAGUCAUAUUAUAUUGUCAGUGCAUCCGUUUCUGCACAUACGUCCUACGGUUUUAAUGCUUUCUGGAUGAAACUUCUCAAAAGUUUUAUUUCUCUUACGGUUGUUGGUAGUACUCUAGUUCAUUUCGCGAAAAAGUUAUUCUCGUGGGACCGCGAAUUCUUAUGAAUUAACGUGAAGAAACAAUGGCGCCGUCAGCCAUGGUGAUCUUAUCAUCGAAUUUCAAAGUUUCGUGUUUUAGGUUUAAAGCCUACUUUUAGCUUAGAGUACUGACAAGAAAAAAAGUGUUAAGAAAUGUUUGUAAUUUUUUAUUUUAGGCCAUUAUUUGAUUUUAGCUGCAAACGUAUAUAAUCUUGGUCUUGCCGAAGAAAGAAUUUAUUUCGGUAAAAACAAAUAUUUUCAUAAGUCUCUUAAAUGUCUGGGGAGGAUAACUUUUCUAGAGAUGUCUAAACUAAAAAAAAAAAACAAGAAAUGCUGUAGUCGGCUAUUCAAAUAAAAUGAACACCACCGAUAGGAGCGCCACGGUUGUUUUGACCAAUAAAAUCAAUUUCAAUUUACAUUACUUUUGGUAUUUAGAUGGCAUACCCAAAAUCUUCAAAAAUGUGGCCGCCAGACCGUCUUUUCCGUUAUGGGCGUUUGUGGACGUUAGAUAGGGCGUGUACUCAUAAAAAAAAACUUUCGCUGGUUAAGAGCUCAUAAAAUCCUAUCCCAACUUUCUAGCUUUUUUAGAUCAGAGACCUCAGCAAUCUUACGGACAGACGGACAUGGCUAGAUCGACUCGGCUAGAGAUCCUGAUCAAGAAUAUAUAUACUUUAUUGGGUAGAAAACUCUUCCUUCUACCUGUUACAUACUUUCUGGCGAAUCUAAUAUACGCUUUUACUCUUCGAGUAACGGGUAUAAUGCCUUCAUUUUACUACAUAUAUGAUCUGAGUAUUCGGGAACACAGUCCAAAAUACAUUUUGUGUCACUCGUGUGGGCUUUCAACUAAACUAAACUAGAAAUAUGUACUACUAAGAUAUAUGUGUACUCGAUGUUCCUUUAAAAAAUCAAAGUAAUAAUUAGAAUUUAGGUUGUGUGGGAAUUAGAAAAUAUAGCGGAGAAUUAAUAAUAUUUAUGAAAUAAGCAUCGCAUACGUGAAUUUAGUUUUCUAAAGACAAUCGUUGUUACUUUUAAAUGGGAACCUAAAAAAUGAAAUAUGAGGUAAGAUUUGCAUCCAUGUCUCUAACAUAAGAUAUAUUUUGUAACCGCUCUAAGAUAGCCUAGUUCUAAUGUAACCUACUCCCAUUCGGCGUGUAUGCUAAGCUAAAAAUAUCCAUAUAUGUAUAAGACAAACUGAAAUACCAGUUAUAAUAUAUACAUAUUUUGUAACCCUAGCAUUACGAAGUAUCAAACUGGAUUAACUUUAUCUAUUUAUUUAUUCACUAUGUAAUAAUUGGUUUCAUCUUCAAUGCCUGUUCAAAUAUAAGACAAUUACUGUGUCAAUUAAGGCAAAUAAAAACAUGGAAAGCUCGGCGAAUAAUAAAACAUGUAUACUUUCCUUGUGUUGUUCUUUUGUCUGUGAAAUAACAAUCGUUUCGAGUUAUUAAAAACCGCGUUACACUGUCACUUGUUUUUUAAUUGGUUUUGUAUUUCAAUUGUGAAUUUUAUUCUCUGC